CGCGAACGCGCGAACGCGAUGGCGGCGCCGAUGGUGCGCAUGCCCGAUGGGCGAUUAAUACAACCGCAAAUCGUGCUGCUCAGGGAAGGCACGGACACGUCGCAAGGACGCGGACAGUGCGUGUCGAACAUAAACGCGUGCUGUGCGGUGGCGGAUACGGUGCGAACGACGCUUGGACCGCGAGGAUUAGAUAAACUCGUGCGAGACGCGCGAGGAAACACGACGAUUUCCAACGACGGCGCGACGAUUAUGAAACUGUUGGAGAUUGUGCAUCCGGCGGCGAAAACGCUCGUGGACAUCGCGAGAGCGCAGGAUAGCGAAGUGGGGGACGGGACGACGACGGUGGUGAUACUGGCGGGGGAGCUGUUGAAGGAGGCGAAGACGUUCAUCGAGGACGGCGUGCACCCGAUGAAUGUCAUCAAGUCGUUUCGAGAGGCGUGCGAUUUGGCGACGGCGCGCGUGCGCGAAUUGGCGACGUCCAUCGAAGGGAACAGCGCGGAGGAGAAGGAUGAACUUUUGAAGAAAUGCGCGAUGACGACGCUGAGCUCCAAACUUGUAGGAGGGGAGAAGGACUUCUUUGCCGACAUGUGCGUCAAGGCGGUGCGCUCGCUCGAUCAAGACUUGUUGGACCCGAAGAUGAUUGGCGUGAAAAAGGUCAUGGGCGGAGGGAUGACGGAUUCGUUCUUGGUGGAUGGCGUGGCGUUUAAGAAGACGUUCGCCUACGCCGGCUUCGAGCAAAUGACGAAGAGCUUCAAAAAGCCGAAGAUUUUGGCGCUCAACAUGGAGCUCGAACUGAAGAGCGAAAAAGACAACGCCGAGGUGCGCCUGAGCGAUCCGACCAAGUAUCAAGAAAUCGUUGACGCUGAAUGGAACAUCAUUUACGAGAAGCUCGACAAAUGCGUGGCGUCGGGAGCGAACAUCAUUCUGAGUAGACUCGCGAUCGGGGACUUGGCGACGCAAUAUUUCGCCGACCGCGGAUUGUUUUGCGCCGGUCGCGUAGACGCGCAGGAUUUGGAACGCGUGACGCGCGCCACCGGCGCGCCGGUGCAGACCACGGUGAACAACAUCACGGACGCCCAGCUCGGAUCGUGCGAGUUGUUCGAAGAGAUUCAAGUCGGUAACGAACGGUACAACAUUUUUAGAGGUUGUCCGCAGGCGAAGACAUGCACGCUCAUCUUGCGCGGCGGCGCCGAGCAAUUCAUCGAGGAGGCGGCGCGCUCGCUCAACGACGCCAUCGAAAUUGUUCGCCGCGCGGUGAAGAACGCGGCGAUCGUCCCUGGUGGCGGUGCGAUCGAUAUGGAGUUGAGCAAGUACUUGCGCAACCACGCGCGCACGGUGGCGGGCAAAUCUCAGCUCUUCAUCAACGCCUUUGCCAAAGCUUUAGAAAUCAUCCCGCGACAGCUCUGCGACAAUUCCGGGCACGACGCGACCGACGUGUUGAACAAGCUCAGACAAAAGCACGCGGGCGAUGACGGGGCGAAUUUCGGCGUCGAUGUCAACGGAGGUGGCAUCUGCGACACGCACGAACGCUUCAUCUGGGAACCGAGCCUGGUGAAAAUCAACGCCCUGAACGCCGCCACCGAAGCGACGUGCUUGAUUCUCUCCGUGGACGAAACCGUGAGAAACCCGCGAAGCGAAGGCGCGGAUGAAGGCAUGGGUGGCGGCGGUGGUCGGGGCAUGCCGAUGGGAGGUAGAGGAGGUGGUCGCGGCCGGGGUCGCGGCCGACGAUAG